UCAGCUGAUUGUGACGUGGACGUUGUGGAGAUAUACCAGGAGACUGACAGGGUGGAGGUGUACAGGGACUGCGGCGGUAUGGUGCGGGCCAGGCCACACAGGAAUACUGCCGUUCACUAUAUACUUAGCUUUUAGACGUUCUGAAAAUAUUCUAGAUUUCUUCCGUGGAUAGUUGGACCCACCUUUGUUCGCCUGUCUCCGAAGCGCAUUCCAGAAGCUCUCCGUAAUAAUACAUUUCCUAUUUUUAAGAAGAGAGAUUGAGACACCGAAAGCUGUUGCUGGUACUCCUAAUAAAAAAAGUUGCAGUGGGGUGAGUGAAGAAGACAUGGUGGAUUAUUAUAAUGUUCUGGGAGUGUCACAAAGUGCCUCUCCGGAGGACAUCAGGAAGGCGUACAGGAAACAGGCUCUGCGAUGGCAUCCGGACAAGAACCCAGACAACAAGGAGGAGGCAGAGGGGAAGUUUAAGGAGCUAGCUGAGGCCUAUGAAGUUCUGUCAGACCGGAGUAAACGAGAGGCGUAUGAUACCUAUGGCAAAGACAGAAUUCCCAACAACACAGGCUCCAGUAGCCAUCACGCCCCAGAAGACUUCCCAGGGUUCACCUUUACAUUCCGGAGUCCAGAGGAAGUGUUUCGGGAAUUCUUUGGAGGCCAGGAUCCUUUUGCAAAUUUCUUCGAUGACUUUGCCUUCGGAGGAGGGUUGCACAGUGACAUCCAUGGACAUCCUGGCACUUCGAGGCUCGGCCCAAGCCGGUUUUUCUCCUUCCCCUCUGCUGGAGUGCGUGACUUCACCUCUUCCUCAUCCUCCAUGGGGGGAAUGGAUUGGAUGGACAGCAUCGGAGGAGGGAUGGGGAAUUUCAAGUCUGUCUCCACUUCUACGCGUGUCAUCAACGGCAAACGCACCACCACCAAGAAGAUCAAAGAAAACGGUCAGGAGAGAACAGAGAUCGAGGAAGACGGGGUCUUGAAGACCGUGCUCAUUAAUGGUGUGGAGGAUGAGUUGGCCUUGGCUCUGGAGCUCAGCAAGAGAGACCACUUGCCCCCUAGCCAACCCUCACAGACACCCAGGCAACACCUUCAGCAGCAGGCAGAGAGGGCGUUACCUGGGGAGCUCCAGACCCAGACCCAUCCACACCGACCCGGCACCGGGCCCCGGUCUAUGGCCCAGCGUUCCUUCAGCUCGGCCCCUUACUUCCACUACCCUGACGUCCCCAGGGAGGAAGAGGAGGAGGACGAAGAUCUCCAGAUGGCCCUGGCCUACAGCCUGUCUGAGAUGGAGGCCCAGCAGAGAGCGUCAACCGCGGCUUCAGCACCAGACGUCAUCUCAGACUCACACUUCCAGGCCUUCACGGGCUGAUCUGAUUGGCCGUUGCCCGUCUGACCCCUGACCUCUGAGCCUGAGGUAAAGCCCAAACAAAACAGUCUCCUCCUCCAUCAUCAGCUCCUCCCACCUUCACUGUUGCGUCAUCCAACCCUUCAUCCCAUCCUGCCCCCCGUCACCCCUAGAACACCACUAAACUCUGGGUCCAACCAGCAGCCCAUCUGUUUACUCUCCAAACCACAACCUACCCUGUGUUUUGCCCUCCAAUACUCCCCGUAGUAGAAGACCUGAGUAGUAGACCUCUGGUUAUCACAAGAGAACAUAGAGGAUAUAGAAGAGAACGUACAACUUCUUUUUGUUGUUGCUAUGUUUACAGUAGGAUGUAUGGAAGUUAAUAUAACCUAUUCAAUAGUGAGAAUGGGUGAAACUUGGAGAGGGAGGCAGGAUGAACAGAUUGGGGGUAGAUGUAAGGGGAGGUUUGAUUACAGGAUAGAUAGUAGCUAGUUAACCCAGGAUGAACAGGAUAGCUAGUAGCUAGUUAACCCAGGAUGAACAGGAUAGCUAGUAGCUAGUUAACCCAAGAUGAACAGGAUAGCUAGUAACUAGUUAACCCAGGAUAGCUAGUAGCUAGUUAACCCAGGAUGAACAGGAUUGCUGGUAACUAGUUAACCCAGGAUGAACAGGAUAGCUAGUAGCUAGUUAACCCAGGAUGAACAGGAUAGCUUGUAACUAGUUAACCCAGGAUGAACAGGAUAGCUAGUAGCUAGUUAACCCAAGAUGAACAGGAUAGCUAGUAACUAGUUAACCCAGGAUAGCUAGUAGCUAGUUAACCCAGGAUGAACAGGAUUUCUGGUAACUAGUUAACCCAGGAUGAACAGGAUAGCUAGUAGCUAGUUAACCCAGGAUGAACAGGAUAGCUAGUAACUAGUUAACCCAGGUUGAACAGGAUAGCUAGUAACUAGUUAACCCAGGAUGAACAGGAUAGUUAGUAGCUAAUUAACCCAGGAUGAACAGGAUAGCUAGUAGCUAGUUAACCCAGGAUGAACAGGAUAGCUAGUAGCUAGUUAACCCAGGAUGAACAGGAUAGCUAGUAGCUAGUUAACCCAAGAUGAACAGGAUAGCUAGUAACUAGUUAACCCAGGAUAGCUAGUAGCUAGUUAACCCAGGAUGAACAGGAUUGCUGGUAACUAGUUAACCCAGGAUGAACAGGAUAGCUAGUAGCUAGUUAACCCAGGAUGAACAGGAUAGCUUGUAACUAGUUAACCCAGGAUGAACAGGAUAGCUAGUAGCUAGUUAACCCAAGAUGAACAGGAUAGCUAGUAACUAGUUAACCCAGGAUAGCUAGUAGCUAGUUAACCCAGGAUGAACAGGAUUUCUGGUAACUAGUUAACCCAGGAUGAACAGGAUAGCUAGUAGCUAGUUAACCCAGGAUGAACAGGAUAGCUAGUAACUAGUUAACCCAGGUUGAACAGGAUAGCUAGUAACUAGUUAACCCAGGAUGAACAGGAUAGUUAGUAGCUAAUUAACCCAGGAUGAACAGGAUAUCUAGUAGCUAGUUAACCCAGGAUGAACAGGAUAUCUAGUAGCUAGUUAACCCAGGAUGAACAGGAUAUCUAGUAGCUAGUUAACCCAGGAUGAACAGGAUAUCUAGUAGCUAGUUAACCGAGGAUGAACAGGAUAGCUACUAGCUAGUUAACCCAGGAUGAACAGGAUAGUUAGUAGCUAGUUAACCCAAGAUGAACAGAUUGGGAUAGAUACGUAUAGAUGUGGACUAGAGAGAGGUGUGCUGUAACUCCCCAGCAGCCUUUGCUGUGGCUCUAAUGAUGCGUCCCAUAUCCGUUUGCUCCCAACAGGUCAUGGGGUCAAAUCUCCCAAUGGUGCACCUUGUCUCUCAGCCCACCCCCUUCGGCUUACUGUUGUCUCUCAGCCCACCCCCUCUGGCUUACUGUUGUCUCUCAGCCCGCCCCCUUCGGCUUACUGUUGUCUCUCAGCCCACCCCCUCUGGCUUACUGUACCGACUGAUCAACACUUUUCAAAGUUUUAUUUGAAAAAGAAAAGUAAACUGAUAAAAUCAAAUGUAUGUACUAUGUAUGUGUGAGUGUGUGUGUGUGUAUAUAGCUAAAUGAAAGACUCUUUGUAAAGUAUUUUCAACCAUAAGUAAACUCAUCCACAUUAAAUAAUUAGCAUUAUAACGUGUCUUAUAAGAGAAGUGUCCUGGAAAGCAUUUUAAACCAUGACUACAUGUUUCAAUACCAUGGAAAUGUAUGAUAAUAAAGUUAUCUAUAUAUGAA